AUGAAAACGUUGCCAUUGAUUAUAUUUCUUUGCCUUUCGGGCACUUUUGUUCCUGCUCCAACUGUAACAAAUGCACAAGAUUUAAGCAGUAUAUUGGGUUUACUCACUCAACUUGGUGGAACAACUAUUUUGGACAGUGUCCUUAGUAAUGACGUCUUUCAAAACAUAUUGGGUUUAGCAACAGGAGAGAUUAUACCCGGAUUGUUGGACAGGGGUUUGAAUUCUACUGAUGUAGUCAGUCUGUUGUUGGCUUUAGGUCAAAAUAUGUUGGAUAGUGGUGCGUUACCACUUGGCAAUUUGACCGAUUUGAUUGGUGGGGGUAAUCCUUUGGAUCUUAUUGGAGGAAUCAUAGGAGGAAAUGGAGAUAUACCUGGUCUUGAUGUUGUUACUGAUUUGCUUGGUGGUACUGGAGGUUUACCACUUAUUGGUAAUCUAACCGGUGGGUUAGGAGGUCUUGGUAAUUUAACUGGUGGUUUAGGUGGUCUUGGAGGUUUACUGGGAGGAGGAAGUGGCGGUUUACCAUUUUUAAAUAAUUUACCAAUAAGCAACUUGUCACAGGCUACCACUUUGCUUAAUACUAUACCAUCUUUACUAGGUGGUGUACCAGGAUUAGAUGGAUUACCUUUAAGUAACCUAACACAGGCAACUGAGAUUAUUCAAUCAGUUUCUGGUGUACUUGGAAACGGUAGUUUACCUGAUUUAAGUGAUCUUCCAGUGAGUAAUCUAACGCAGGCAACACAAGUUCUUGGAACAAUCACAGAUUUAUUAGGAGGUGCUGGAGAUAUUGGAGACUUACCACUAAGUAACCUUACUCAAGCAACAGCACUGGUUGGAACUCUUACUGACCUGUUAUCUUUGUCAGGAGCUGGAGGAGGUGGUAUACCAAGUUUAGAAGACCUGGCUAACCUUGAAAAUUUACCUUUAAGUAACCUGACAAUGAUAACUGAUCUAUUGGGCAAAUUAACCGAUUUGUUAGGAGGUGGUAGCCUUGAGGGUCUACCAUUAAGCAAUCUGACUCAAUUUACACAAAUUUUUGGGACAGUUCAAGGUCUUUUAGGUAAUGGGAGUAUACCAGGUCUUGACAGUUUACCCAUAAGCAACUUGACUCAAGCUGGCGAUCUUCUUGGCUUGGCUACUGGACUUUUAGGAGGUGGAGGAGAUUUACCAAUAGGAAAUUUAACCCAAGCCAGUAAUAUUCUCAAAAAUGUCACCGAAUUGCUCAACCUUCAAGACCUCAGUAGCAUCCCUGGAUUGGAUAAGUUACCGCUGGGUAACCUGACUGACUUAACUCAGGUUGCUCUCCUGUUGGACGUUUUACAAAACCUCGCGGGGAAUGGAACUGGCCUACCCGGUCUUCCAUUUGGAAACCUAACUAAUCUUCUCAAUCUAACACAACUUUUCAAUACACUACAGAACCUACAGAAUAUUGCAAACAUCGUUAAGUUGGACAGAGUUCUCGAUCUUCAGACUUUACUAAGCAAGAAAACUAAUUUUACUGAGUCGUGUGAGACUUUACAGGGUCUAUCAGAUAUUUUUACACAAUCUCUUAAUAGUUCCUCGUCAGGUCUUAUCUAUUUUAUUAGUGGACCAAUUGAUAAUCUGAUAAUAUUUCUGAAGGAAAUUCCGAACAAAUUGAUUCCAUCAGGAAUCGGAAACACUGUGAAUAAUGUCUUACCAGAUCUAACACCAAUUGUCCACUUUAUUCUAAAUGGCGGUUUGAUUAUGUUUAUCUUAAAACUUCUGUUUAUCCUUUCUGUUGGAUAUAUUUGUGUUUAAUCAAUGAUUGCAUAAACAUUUGAAGCAAAAUAUUUUACGAAAUACAAGUGUUUUUACCAGUU